ACGUGAUCCUAGUUGGCUCCCCAUCGAUGCGCUCGGGUAUCCGGUGACCUCGGCCGUCGGCUACUUCGGUCUGGUGGCCGCCAUUGUCCCGGAUGGUUGCUGUUCUCGGUAUCUGCAGCCAGCGAGCGAUCUCGUUACUCUCCCCACCGCCCGCCCGUCAGCCGGGCCUCACCCCAGCCAGAGCUCCGGGGAAGCGAGCGGCCUGCCGGGCCCAGGCCUCACCCCCAGCACCAAGGCCGGAGCCAGGGCCUGCGCCGCCCGAGAGGCUUCCAUGAAGUCUGCCUGUCUGCAUCUGGAUGUCAGCUCCUUCGUAUUGUUCUGAGAAGUCGUUGUGACGGCGCCAGAAGAGGUGCCAUGAGGCUUGUGCCUGAAAAGAAUGCGGUCCGGAUCCUUUCGGGCCGAGAGAGGGGAACGCAGGCGCAGGGAGCCCAGCGUCUCCUACAGUGCCUGGUAGAGGACAAAACCCGCUUGAUGAAAUGGGAAGGCAAGAAGGUGGAGCUUCCUGACAGCCCGCGCUCUACGUUCCUACUGGCGUUCAGCCCAGACAGGACCUUGCUGGCGUCAACUCACGUCAAUCACAACAUCUACAUUACCGAGGUGAAGACCGGGCGUUGCAUACACUCUCUUGUGGGGCAUCGCCGUACACCCUGGUGUGUAACCUUUCACCCUACUAUUCCCGGCCUCAUUGCAUCCGGUUGCCUUGAUGGAGAAGUGCGAAUAUGGGAUUUACAUGGCGGGAGCGAGAGCUGGUUCACCGAUAGUAACAAUGCCAUUGCAUCUUUGGCCUUCCACCCCACUGUCCAGCUUCUCCUUAUCGCCACUGCCAAUGAAAUCCACUUCUGGGACUGGAGCCGACGCGAGCCCUUUGCUGUGGUGAAGACAGCCAAUGAGAUGGAGCGUGUGCGAUUGGUACGAUUUGAUCCCCUUGGGCAUUAUCUUCUUACUGCUAUUGUGAACCCCUCUAACCAGCAGAGUGAUGAAGAGUCAGAGAUUCCCCUGGACAGUGCAGAGAUUCCCAUCUACCGCCAGCGCUCCCUGCUGCAGACUCAACCAGUACGUCGUACUCCAUUGCUCCACAACUUCCUGCACAUGCUGUCAUCGCGUUCCUCAAGUACUCAGGCUGGAGAGCAGCCUCCUGUACAAGACUCUGCCACUCCUUCCCCUCCACCUCCACCCCCACCUCCUCCCCCAACAACUGAGAGCAACCAAAGGCUCAUUUAUACUCGCAUCCGAGAGCGGGCCCCGGGUGUCACCACUCCCUGCUGCCAAGACCCCAGUAUGCUGUGCCUCUGCAUCCGAUGCUCCAGCGCACGGCUGUCUUCUCCUCUUUUCCCCCACCCUGAAGCCCCUGGCGCUCCCUCCACUUCUUCAGGGGUUACGUCCACUUCCUAUUCUCCCGUACAGACAGACCCUCAACAUUCUUUGGAUCGUCAACACCACCAGUCCUCUGCUCAGCAUGAUCAUGGGCUUCUAAGCCGACCUUCUGCCUUCAGCAGCGUACACAGCAGUACAGCCGGUAACACACUGCGCAAUCUGAGCCUGGGACCUACGCGCCGCUCACUUACAGGGCAGCCGUCUCGCUAUCAGCAGCCAACCACAGAUAUAGCUGGAUCUGAGUGGACUCGCACUGUGCUUAAUAUGGGAACUCGUUCUGAGAUGGAGCCCAUGCCGCCUCCCAGGACGAGUGCCUCAUCCGUAAGCCUGUUGUCCGUUCUGCGGCAGCAGGAAGGCGAGGCCUCUUCAUCUGUAUAUACUUCAGCCACAGAGGGACGAGGGUUUCCCAGCACAGAGCCAGAAAGCUCCGGCGCUCCACCACCUGUUCACCCAUCAACCACCCGAACGGAAUUACAGUGUGAUCUGAGGCGCUUCUUCCUAGAGUAUGACAGGCUACAUGAGCUGGAACCUGGUGCGCCAGGCACUACGCCUGGACAAGCUCAUGAGAUGCUCAAUAACAAUCUGGAACCUGAACAGCCUGGCACUUCUCACCAGCCAAACCAGGCACACAGUAAUGAUAGCAACGUAAAUCAGCCUAGAGGACACCUUAACCGCUGCCGUGCUUGCCACAACCUGCUGACCUUCAACAAUGACACUCUACGCUGGGAAAGGACCCCACUAGCGUAUCCAGAGGCUGCGGGGGUGUCCACCUGGCAGCCUCCCCCGGCUCCUUCACCAAGCACUUUCCAGGCUGGUCUGGCCGCUGGCAGCACAGAGCAGCCUGUUGCACCAGUGGUGGAAAGACCGGAUAUAGGAAGCAUGGCAGGUGGUAGUGGACGUUUGGAAACUGGGGCAUCACAGGAUGAGAGAACAGUGGGAGUAGCGUAUAACCCUGAAACUGGACACUGGGAACGCGUCUACAGUCAGCCUGCAACUGUUAACAGAGCUCCGAAUGUAUCCCAAGAGGCCUUACCACAGGAACUCCCCGAGGAGAGCACAGAAGAGGACUCUCUAAGGAGGCGGCUUCUGGAAUCAUCCCUGAUCUCUUUGUCCCGCUACGAUGGCACUGGUUCCCGGGAUCAUCCCAUUUACCCCGACCCAGCCAGGUUAUCUCCAGCUGCUUACUACGCACAAAGGAUGAUCCAGUACCUUUCUCGGAGGGACAGUAUCCGGCAACGCUCAAUGCGUUACCAGCAGAACCGCCUAAGAUCGUCUGCAUCCGCCCCGUCCUCAAGCGAUGGUCAGGGUGCAGUAGAAGCUGGAGACCUUGAGUUUGAGGAGUUUGAGGAUAAUGGAGACCGUUCGCGGCACAGGACCCCCAGAAACGCUCGCAUGUCGGCUCCGUCACUUGGUCGCUUUGUUCCUAGGAGAUUUCUGCUGCCAGAAUACCUUCCAUAUGCUGGAAUUUUUCAUGAGCGCGGUCAGCCGGGAUUAGCAACGCACUCCUCCGUCAACAGAGUCUUGGCAGGUGCUGUGAUUGGAGAUGGACAAUCUGCUGUGGCCAGUAACAUUGCAAACACAACCUACAGAUUGCAGUGGUGGGACUUCACCAAGUAUGAUUUACCAGAGAUCAGUAAUGCUACUGCGAACGUGCUUGUUCAGAACUGCAAAAUCUACAAUGAUGCCAGUUGUGACAUCUCUGCCGAUGGUCAGCUCCUUGCAGCCUUCAUCCCAAGUAGCCAGCGAGGUUUCCCAGAUGAGGGCAUUUUGGCCGUCUACUCUUUGGCCCCACACAACCUGGGCGAGAUCCUCUUCACUAAGCGUUUUGGUCCCAAUGCCAUCUCUGUGAGUUUGUCCCCAAUGGGCCGAUACGUCAUGGUAGGUCUGGCCUCUCGCAGGAUCCUGCUGCAUCCUUCCACAGAGCACAUGGUCGCUCAGGUCUUCCGGCUCCAGAAACCUCACGGAGGGGAGACUUCUAUGAGACGUGUCUUUAACGUGUUGUAUCCAAUGCCUGCGGACCAAAGGCGACAUGUCAGCAUCAACUCUGCUCGUUGGCUUCCUGAGCCUGGCCUGGGAUUAGCGUAUGGUACCAACAAGGGGGAUCUGGUGAUCUGCCGGCCAGAGGCAUUCGACAACGUGUGUGACCAGUUUUGGGAGCAAAUGAAUGAGGCUAUUCUCCAGCAUAACACUACUCGAAGCAGCGAGCGACCUGGGACCAGCCGUGCCUCCUGGAGGUCAGACAGAGACAUGGGUCUGAUGAAUGCCAUUGGUCUCCAGCCUCGAAAUCCAAGCACUUCUGUCACCUCCCAGGGCACCCAGACUCCUGCCCCGCAGCUACAGAAUGCAGAGACGCAGACUGAACGGGAGGUACCGGAGACACGACCCGCUGCUCCAAGUGCUGACGUUUCCUCUAAUGAGCAAGUUGCCCAGUCCAGCAGCACUUCUGAGGGCACAACUGCAGCAGAGUUGCAAGAAGGGAACCUGGAGUCCGCAGAGGUGUCUGGCUCAGGAGAGGGUCAGGAGGAUGCUCUGAGCAGAAUCCAGCGGCUGAUGGCAGAAGGAGGGAUGACCGCAGUGGUCCAGCGAGAGCAGAGCACAACCAUGGCAUCCAUGGGGGGUUUCGGCAAUAAUAUCAUCGUGAGCCACCGAAUCCACCGUAGCUCUCAAACAGCAGCUGAUCCCGCCUCCCGCACCUCCACCCCGCGCUCUCCGCAGCCCUCCACCUCUAGAGAAACCGUGGCAGAGCUUGAGCGGCACCUUUCACCCCUUCAGCCAAGACGACCCCUGCUCCCAGAGCCCGUUCCACUGACCAACAACAACAACGACGGUGAUCUUAGCAUGCAGCCUACGAGUGGCACCUUUCCAGGUGUGGAAAGGUAGAAAAGUCGUGAUGUCCACCUGGUACUGCUGUAAGGACAGACUCUUUGCCCCACCUCUUGCUAACGGUGGGGGCUCUCAAGCUGUGGACUAUGGUGCUAUAGACGUGGAGAGGAAUUUUAUUUGAGAGCUGACCCUCCAAUGUGUGGAGGGGAGGUGCAGAGCUUAGGAUGAGAAGUAAAUAAAAUCGCAGCUGGCCUUUCUCACACUGCCCCUUCUCUACACCCCCAUCGUCUUUGUCUAGCAAAGAGGAAAACAUCUCCCGAACACUUUUAUAAAAGGGUUUCAGUCUUUUACUCUUCCCUCUGCUCCCUUGAAGCUGAACUUCAAGUAGAGAUGAGUAGAAUCUAUCAGAUUCCUGUUUCCCAUUGAGGUUUUUAUUGUUUUUCAUAGGUAUAUUGGGCAUGGUGGGGGAAUUAGCACUAAUCUUCCCCGUGUCAAUUUCAAGGAGCUGCUAUGAGACUGUUACUGCCCUUCUUGCUUUGACUGAAGUUCAAGGAAGGAUGCAUGCACUACAGGGAAGAGUGGGGCUUAUUAACGGCCUCUCCAACCAUACCAGGCAAUUGUGUCCGGGUGCUCUGCACCUCCUUUCAGAUGCCGCGAGGCCUACAGUUUGCGCUGCCCAUUUUAAGUGGGGGAUGGUCAGCUGAUGAUCAGUUUGCCCCCAUCACACACGACGACAACACAAGCUUUGUCCAAUGAGAACAUAGUCAUUCUCUUGCAGUGGUCACAAGUCCCAUAAUCAGCCCAUUCACUAAGCUGAUUUUUCGGGUUGCCAAAUAGGUCCAGAAAUAUGCUGCGGUUAGACUUCUCAUACCAGCUUUUUCUUUCGAUUUAUUGUCCUUUUUUCUUUUUUUUUCUUGUUUUGCAAGCGUGACCUGUAUACCCUAGCAGGCCUGUACCAGCUCAGUUGCUUUUCAACCCUCUCAGUCUGCAAUGUGUGGGUGACUUGUGCCCCAUCCCCAAACCCCCCCCCCCCCCCUCCCAUGCUUUGUAUAAAUCUAUGAGCCCAAAUCCUUGCCAAAGGCCAGUAGUGCAGCUUCCGUGUUAACCCUUCCCUGCCAGAGCAAUCGGCAGCUUACAGGAGACGCACUUGGCAGUGGCUAGGUUAUUCGCAGCUGCUGCACCUUUUAACCCCGGUAGUUCAGCCUACUUCUGACACAAGUGCUCAUCCAGACACCCACUAGCACGCUCCCGACAGGCUGCACAGCCGUGCGGCCUCUUGAGCAGGCAAAAUAGACGUUGACAGUAUUAAAAGUGAAUGUUACAGAAGGGGCCGGGUUACAUAUUAAAGCUCUUGCAUGAGAAAUACUAUUGAAUUCAAAUAUGAGAGCAGCUGAUGCUAUCCCUCUUAUUCGGCUAUGCAGCCUGCGUUCCUUUAAUUCUGCUCCCCCCCCUUGUCUUCUCUGCCUGCAGUAACACAGCAGUGGGACUUGCUGGGUGCUCGUGAGCUACAGCACACUGGCAGGCAGGAUGCACAUAUCAAGAGCGCUGUCUCAUGAGAUACAGCCCAACUCCCUUGUCAGAGUCUCUGUGCCCUUCCUCUCUCCUUGUGAGAUCCCCCUACCCUUGAGUGCGUGUAGCGGCCUGCUCAGCAUAGCCCACGUAGAGAACACGUUAUGGACAACCACUGCUCCAGUGGCUGUAUUAACGGUACUCCAGAGCAUUGCUCCAAUAAUGGCUUCACUCUAGCGUUUAUAGCAAAACCUUGCUUUAAUUCCUGCUGUAUCAUUAAUCUCCGCGGCAGAACAUUGCUGCGAUGUAGCAGUGAGUACGUGAAGAGCUCCCUUCAAUACUUUGUAUUCUCCCCCCCCCACCCCCCCCCCCCCCCACCCCCUUUAUUCAUUGAAACCUGCAGAGCUUCACUCCAGUGCCCUGCUGUAACAUCAUAAGAAUUACAGAGCUUCGCUCCAGUAAUCUGUAAUGCUUAAUUGGUUUGCUCUUAUGUGUAACACUUUUUUCACGGUGCUGUGCAAAAGCAUCAUUCUAAUAACCCAUUGUGACCUUUAGGGCAUGACUUGAUCCAUGUAACAAUUGUUGAAUCUGCAGAGCAUUGCGCCAGUAAACCCUGUGACACCAACGGAA